CUUAUAGCCUUCUUGACCAUUUAACCAAAACCUCUCUCAACCACAAAAUACUCAUCAAUUCUCAAACUUUUAUCAACAUGGGUGGACUAUCAGACCUCGUACCUGUCGGAGUUGUUACUGGCAAGAACCUUGUCACCGUUCUCGAGUAUGCUAAGAAACACGGGUUUGCUAUCCCAGCUUUCAACUGUACCUCUUCUUCUACUGUCAUCGCUGCUUUGGAAGGUGCUCGUGACUCCAAGGCUCCAGUGAUCAUUCAAGUCUCCCAAGGUGGAGCGGCUUUCUUUGCAGGCAAGGGAGUCAAGAACGAUGUCCAACAGGCUUCGAUUGCAGGUGCUACGGCAGCUGCCAUGUUUGUUCGAUCGAUCGCACCUACUUACGGUAUUCCUGUCAUUAUGCACUCCGAUCAUUGCGCCAAGAAACUCUUACCUUGGUUCGACGGAAUGUUAGAGGCUGAUGAAGCUUACUACAAAGAACACAAAGAACCACUCUUCUCAUCUCACAUGCUUGACCUUUCGGAGGAAUCCAAGGAGGAAAACAUUGAGAUAUGUUGCAAGUAUUUCGCCAGGAUGGCCAAGAUCGAUCUAUGGCUCGAAAUGGAGAUCGGUAUCACCGGUGGUGAAGAGGACGGUGUAAACAAUGAGAACGUUGAUAACGCUGCUCUCUACACUCAGCCUGAGGAUAUCUGGGACAUCCAGCAGGCGUUCAGCAAAAUCAGCCCCAUGUUCUCAAUUGCGGCUGCGUUUGGAAAUGUACAUGGUGUCUACAAGCCCGGAAACGUUUGCCUUCAACCAGAACUCUUGGGCAAGCACCAAGCAUACUGUAAGAAGCAACUUCAGACCGACGACGAUCGUCCUCUUUACCUCGUCUUUCACGGUGGCUCAGGAUCCACCAAAGAGGAGAUCGCAUUGGCAUUGAAAUACGGAGUUGUCAAGAUGAAUGUCGACACGGACACGCAAUGGGCAUACAUGGAAGGAUUCAGGAACUACUACAACGAUAAGAAGGAAUACCUCAAGACCCAGGUCGGGAACCCUGAAGGCGCUGACAAGCCUAACAAGAAAUACUACGACCCUCGAGUUUGGGUACGUGAAGGUGAGAAGACCAUGGUCAAACGAGUGAUGGAAGCAUGCGAGGAUCUCAAAAAUAAGAAUGUACUUUGAAGAUGAUGUCAUGAGUUUGUUACCCCAAGAGACUGAACUUCUUUAUUGUCAUUAUUUUCUUUGCCCGGUUGACGUAAAACAAAAUUUAUCGUUGUUGUUGUGUUGUU